AUGAUGAUUGAUGAGAUCAACUCGGCUCUGAGGAGUCCUAUCACUGACACUGAGAAAGACCUCAUGAUAAAGGACGCUGGAUGGGGGAUAGGCCCUGACAAAACGGAAGAACUUUUCGAUCGGUUGGAAGAUACUUCCACUCUGAAUCUCGCGACAGCAUCCGUUGGUUCCUCAACUGUGACCAUAUACGCUGCUGUCACCAACACCUCGGACGUUUCUGCUAAGUUGAAGAUUAUCACGCCUGAGGACGUCCAUCUCAAAGGCUCAAGCAUUCCUCUGUGGGCAUAUGGUCAUCUCGAGGGUCAGGAUAUGGAGGAAGCACGACAUCACCAAUGGGUGAUGGAAGAACACCUUAUCGAUGUACGGCCUCGUCGGAGUGUCAUUGAACCCGGCAAAAGCGUCCAUCUGAAAUUCACAUAUCGGUUCGCGUAUGUCGGAACGCACGUCAUCCCUGUUGUACUUCAACUCGAACACGGCAAGCUUUUGCGACUCUUCUUAACGGGAACUACAUUGCCGAGGGGAGUUCCGAAACUCAGCGUUAGACAGGAUAACAUAAAUCUCGUACCAGUGCCGAUCGGUCGAGGCACAUGCCUGCAAACAGUUGAGCUUUCGAACAUCGGAGGUUCACCGGCGACUUGGCGGAUCCGCUCGAAUUGCAUCGAAGAGUUCAACAAGACCAAUUAUAAUUUCAAAGUCCUCGAGAUUCGUCCGUCCUCGGGUGUACUCAAGCCGAAUGUUUUCAUAGAAUUAGUAGAAGAUACCCCAGAAGCUGUACUCGUCAAGGAAGAGCUUGCUUUUACUCUCGUUAUGUCGGCCUUUGACCCGCGACAGAGAAGUUCUCUUACAUCGUCAAGUAGUGUUUUCUCCCCUUCCCUCCCACUGCAAGCCUGCAGUUGUGUUCUUACGCAUGGGGCGGCUCUUUCGGUAGAGCAUCUCGACUUUGGCCAUGUCAAAGCGGGUGCGACUGUCCAUCGUAUAACAGUACUGGUGAACUACACCGAGGAUAUGGUCAUGCACUACAGGUGGGAUCUUCGCGGUUUGCUGCAACCUGAUGGCGGGUCCAGCAGGAUGGUCGUCCAGCCAGAAGAGGGUGUGAUCGCGCCCAAGAGCAGCCAGAUCGUGGUCUUUACGUUGGGUCGAGUUGAUGCUGAAAAUGAUGAUAAUGAAGUUGCUAUGAUAGCGAUAGAUGGGGAGGUUGAGUGCUCGAUAGUGUCCUGGACGCCCGUUGAUGAGAUGAACGAUAACAAUUUGAUGAGUUACAGUGAUGACCCGACUGCUGAUCAGUACGUAUCUGAGGAGAUUAUUGUAGAGCACAAGGAUCAUCGUCACGAGCCUGCUUUUUCCAUGAGAGAUCCCUUUAGACCAAAGCAUGUCUCUGUUGUUAAUCGUCUAACUGUAUCAAGGUAUCGACACCUUGCCUCUACAAUAGGGGGGCAGAAGUAUUUGAAUGAGAAUCUUGGAAGAUCAGUCCAAUCGAUGCUGCAGAACUCCGACUCGAGAGAUAGAGAAUCUAUUGCGAGGAACGCCACCCGAGAGGACGGAAAAGACAGCAUUGAUAAAGUGGAGGGCUUCUGUAUCGAUGGGAAGCCCAGUCGCUGUCCUCUUCAUGUUAGGAUCACUGUAAGACCGUCUGUCGAGAGGUUGUAUGAGAAGUCAAAGGUCAGCACUACUCCUUUUAUUGCAUCAAACGAGGCUGAGCAGGAACCAUCAUCGCCGAGACCUGCAGCGCCUAGGACUGCUGAUGACGUAUUGUGGAACGUUCCGCAUUGGGAGAUAACUCCAGAAGGAACGCUGAUCGCAUCGCUCGAGGACAACGCUGGGCAGAUUGAGGAGGUGGACAGCGAAGUUGAAAGCCUUAUUCGCGAUGCUCGCGGUGUAACCACUUCCAACCACGCCAGCAUGUUGUUGGUUGGUACCACUGGUUGGGAGAACGCGAGUGAAAAGCUCUCGAGGAAUAUAUCUGAACGUGAAUCUAAGGAGAAAAAGAUGAUCAGAGGAGAAUGUGGAGCUUUGAGAGACCUAUCGAGAAUCGCGAAUGAGACGCUGAAGGACGCGGUGUUGACGGCUAUUGAAGAAAUGCUAGGAGAAGCGACAUCUCUGUGA